AUGGGUGGAUCCAUGCUGCUUCAUAGACUUCCCUUGAGAGUUGUGCUGCUGUUGUGCUCAUUGGUGGCUCUAUUCUCAGUAGUUACUGCGGAUGUAGUCCAAACAACAAAGCCCGGAUGCGCGAACAGAUGUGGCAACCUCACCUUCGCGUACCCAUUCGGGAUGAAUGAUGCCGGCGACGACUGCUACUUCAAAGAAGAAUCAAAGUCUUUCCUCAUCUUUUGCAACGACUCGACUGAUCCUCCCACUCCUCGUAUGUACAGUAAAGAUUCUAAUUUCCGAGUACUCGAUAUAUCUAUGGAGAGUCACGAGAUCAAUGUAGCGGUGUUUGUAGCCAAAGAUUGUUAUAAUUCGUCCGGCACAUCCUUGUACAAUGAUAAACCUUACUUCUCUCUUCCCAUAUUCCCCAUAUCUUCUGCCAAGAACAAAUUUAUCGCCGUGGGAUGCGACACGUACGCGACCUUCAGCGGAAGCACGUAUGUGACGGGGUGCGUGUCCUAUUGCGACGACGUCUUGGACAUGAUUAAUGGGUCGUGCUCGGGCAUCGGUUGCUGCGAGACUAGCAUUCCUCGAGACGCCUACCGAUACAACAUCUCUGUCGCUAGCUACAACAAUCAUCUCGGCAUCUCUGAUUUCAAUCCGUGCGGAUACGCUUUCGUUGCCCAAGACGGCUUCUUUAGCUUCUCUACGGACAAUCUGCGCGAGCUGCCAUUUGAUAUGGUCCCUCUAGUUGUCGAUUGGUUAAUUCCAAGUCAAACAUGCGAUGAUGCAAAGAAGAAUGCAACGACCUACAUGUGCCGAGAGAACUCCAAUUGUACAGAUGCUGAGAAUGGAAAUGGCUACCAGUGCCACUGCUUGAAGGGUUUUCAAGGGAACCCUAUCUCCAAAAUGGUUGUCAAGGUACCUUUUCCCGUCUUUUCAUUAGACCCACCUCACAUCCGAACGAGUGCUCCUGUAUAG